AAAAAAACUACAUCUCAGAGUUACAUUCGAGGGAUUAAACAUUUUGCUUAUUCAUUGGGGCGGGAAAGAGUUAGUUAGUUAGUUUGUGUGCCGGGACAGAUCUGUUUCAUUUCCGUGCUGCGGCGACGAUAACCACCGCUCGCCGCCAUAGCAGCAACCUUUGUCCGCCGUUGUUUUAUGUAAAUGAACUUCUGCUUCAUCUUCUUCAAUUCAUUCUCAGAGACAUGAAUACAUCAUCCCUUGGAAGAGACUCGACCACUCCAUCUCAUUCCCCUUUCUCCGAUACAAAUGGAAUCUGUUUGAUGAGAAAUGCAUGGAAAGAGGAUCAACAUCCUUCCUUCAUUGAUUUUAUCUCCACUUUCCUCUCUGCUAACUCCUUUCGUCUUAAGUUCGUUCCAAUCGCUCCGGACUUUAUUUUCAAUUGUGGCGGUUUAUCAGUGGCCUUCAUUUUUGUCACAAACUGGGACUCCAACAAUUUGGCACCAAUCUUCAACAGAGUUCAGAAACUGAAGACUCAAUUUUCUCGUUUUUAUGUUGUUAUAACACUACCGGCAAAAGAGGAAAUUGAUUCAUUUACUCAGUCAUAUUUCAAAUUUGGGAUGGUGAUUGGCAAGCCUACAUUUGUGCCAGUUAAAGACUUUGAGAUGGGAUUUGAAAAGAUGUUAAAAAUAGCCCAUUCUACCGGAGUAUACAAGCAGCAGAGAAUUGAAGAAAAACUGAAAGCUGAGAGGAAGCAGUUGGUGCAAGGAAUGAACUUUUACCUUAAAGUUGUUACAUCAAUCCCAGGCAUUGACAAUCACGAUGCAAAUGCGCUUAGUCAAGCUAUUGGUUCUGUCCAAGCAAUUGCCAAGGUAUCAAAAGGGCAAAUUCUGGAGAACACAGAUCUUUCUACUGACAAGGCAGAGAUGAUUUCAAGGUUUCUCAGAGACCCAAAGUCUUACUUACGUCCCAAGAUCAACUGAUCACAAAAUAACAAAGGAAUCAAGAUUCAAGUGAUGGGGAUAGAUGUUAAUUCCUUCUUCUUUUAUCGUUAUUAACUUUUGUAUAAAAUAGUAUUUUUAGUUUCAAUUUUAUCAAUUGAUAAAAUAGUAUUCUUAGUUGCAGUUUUAUCAAUUGUUAACUUCUAUAUAAGAUAGUAUUCUAUACAAGACACUGAAAUUACUCUUUCUGGAAAACCAAAGAAUGUCUGCUCAGAAUCUGAUUGCUCCAACUAGAGCCCCUCUCAGACCUAAUUACUAUUUUCCAUGGGACUUUGAAGCAGGGGAUGGUACAUUCUAUGCGAUGGAAGCCGAUACCCAAAUGAAUUCUCUAUCAUUUGAGAUUACCUGGCAUGCCUUUUAUUUUUAUUUUUUACUUCUUUCCCUUUAUUGUUGUAUAAUAAUCCAUGUAACUGAAUGUAUUUCAAACUAUUUUCACAAUUUACAUCUACUGUUUGAGCUUA